UUUUUUUUUUUUUUUUUUUUUUUUCUAGCAACCUUUUAAGUUUUAACACAUGACAACUCACAAGUCACAAUCUCUUUUUUUUUUUCGUUUUUAUCUUAUACUAUUGCAAUGUCCAUAUAUUCAUCUAUAUUUUGCUAUGAACUUUCUUCAAAAUGAUGUUGUGCGUAAAAUCAUCAAAGGACAAAUGUACAAGUCGUAAAAACUGCCUUAACAAAUAGAUUUUUUUACAACUCUUUUCUUUCUUCAAUGCAAAUUCUAUCCAAAUUCGUGUGACAUGCUUAGCUUUUUAACACUUCAAUGUAAAUUCUAUUACAAUUCAAACACACCGUUGCGACAUGAUUAUUUUUAUCUACGUUUCCAUAUAAAUUUCAUAAUCCACCAGUACCCUCUCAACACCCAAUCAGAGGUGUACACCUCAUCUGGUCCGAAUUAAACCCGUAAAACCAGCAUCAACCGACGGUUGGGUUCCCGAGCUACCCGAAGCCUCUGCCAUCUUCUCUCACACACACAAACACAUUCACCAGGUUUCUUCGGUGACUAGACAAGGAAUUCCCAACCCGAUUUUGGGUAUUCGAUUGACUGACGACAAUGUACCCGAUCAAAUCAGGUAUACUUCCCGGAUUAAGGUUACCGACCACGCCCCGUCCACCGUUUUAAAUUUCACCCCGCAACAACGCCUAGAUCACAUCCACUACUUGUUAUACAGAAAUCCUUUUAUCAUUCCUAAUUUCCUAUCAUUCUCUUUUUUUUUCAAAACAAAGUCAAAAUAAAAAAUAAAUAAAAAACUUUCAAUAAAGAGCAUCUAUGUCAUAACUCAUAACCAUUUCAAGCAAGGAGGGCAGUUUGGUAAAAAGCCCUGCCGCACUGCGCUAGUCUUCACCGGUAAACGCCACCCCGGUAAACAACAGCAGACUGAACCACAACCAAAAUUAGGGUUCAUCAACAAUGGCGUCGAUUCGCAUCAGCUUCUUCGCCUGUUUCUCAAUUCUGCUACUAAAAAGCUCACAAUCAGCCCCCAAUCAAGCUUACAGAAGAGAUCCAGGUCAUCCUCAAUGGCACCACAGCGCUUUUCACGAUGUUCGAGAAAGUGUUCGAUCGGAUGUUCGUAGCAUGCUCCAUUCUCGCGCUGAGGUUCCCUUCCAAGUUCCACUCGAAGUAAAUGUUGUUCUCGUUGGUUUCAGUGGAGACGGAGGUUACAGAUACCAAUUGGAUUCACAGAAACUGGAAGAAUUUCUUCGAGUGGGAUUCCCGUCUCACAGGCCCUCCUGCCUCGAGACUGGUGAACCUCUUGAUAUUGAGCAUCACAUGGUGUUCAAUGCAUUUCCGGCCGCACAACCAGAAGUCAUAGCACUUGAGAAGGCAAUGAAAGCAGCCAUGGUCCCAGCUGGAACCGCCAGAGAGGCUGAUUUUGGACGUGAAGUUCCCGCGUUUGAUGUAGAUGCAUCAGCUGUGGAGCCAGAAUUUCAGAAGCUUUAUUCCUACUUGUUUGACUAUGAUAAUAUGGGAUAUAAUGCUGACGAGGCAGACAGACCUAUGCCAACAGCAAUAUUUAUUGUGAAUUUUGAUAAGGUUAGAAUGGAUCCUAAGAAUAAAGAUAUUGAUCUUGAUAGCUUAAUGUAUGCAAAACCGAGUCACUUAACUGAAGAAGAUAUUAAACAACAAGAGGGAGGCUAUAUCUAUCGAUAUCAUUAUAACGGAGGUGGAGCAUCUCAAGUAUGGCUUGGAUCGGGCAGGUUUGUUGUAAUUGAUAUCUCAGCGGGCCCAUGCACGUAUGGAAAAAUUGAAACCGAAGAAGGAAGCGUUAGUUCGAAAACCCUUCCACGCUUGCGGAAUACAAUGUUGCCUAAAAGCUCGAUUGCUGCUAAUGAUCAUGCUACCACUCAUGACAACUUUAUUGGUCAACUUGCUGCUUUGAUUGGCAUUACAGUUCAACAUGUUAUUGCCCCAGAUGUCAAGUUUGAGACUGUAGAUCUUGCAACACGGUUACUUGUACCAAUAAUUGUGCUGCAAAAUCAUAACCGUUACAAUAUCAUGGAAAAAGGCCAGAACUACAGUAUAGAUAUCGAAGCCAUUGAGGCCGAGGUUAAAAAGAUGGUACACAAAGGAGAAGAUGUAGUGAUUGUUGGUGGUUCACAUUCGUUACAUCUUCAUGAGAAACUCGCGAUUGCUGUUUCAAAAGCUAUGCGUGGUCAUUCUCUCCAAGAAACAAAAAAAGAUGGACGUUUUCAUGUGCAUACAAAGACAUAUCUUGAUGGUGCAAUCCUUAAAGAGGAAAUGGAACGAUCGGCUGAUGUGCUCGCUGCUGGUUUGCUUGAGGUCUCACAGCCAUCCCUUUCUGAUAAAUAUUUUCUUCGUCAGCACUGGAUGGAAGAGUCAGAUGGUGUGAGUGAUUCACUUAUAAAGCAUAAACCUAUAUGGGCUACUAACCCUAAAUCUCAAAGAAAGAAAACUAAAAAAGUGCAAAAGAAACACGGGGAUCUGCAUCGUACCUAUGGAACAAGAGUGGUUCCUGUAUUUGUACUGUCGUUAGCUGAUGUGGAUCCACACCUUAUGAUGGAUGAUGAAAGCCUUUUGUGGACAAGUAACGAUGUUGUUAUUGUACUCCAACAUCAAAGUGAAAAGAUACCUUUAAGUUACGUGUCGGAAACAGAGAGAAGACAUGUUUUUCCCUCACAAGCGCAGCGUCAUAUAGUGGCUGGAUUGGCUUCUGUUGUGGGUGGAUUAAGCGCACCAUAUGAAAAAGCUUCUCAUGUUCAUGAAAGACCUGUUGUCAAUUGGCUAUUGGCUGCUGGCUGUCAUCCAUUUGGACCAUUUUCUAAUGCUUCUCGGGUCAGUCAACUGCUUCAGGAUGUUGCGCUGAGAAACACAAUAUAUGCCCGUGUAGAUUCUGCUCUUCAUAGGAUUCGAGAGACAUCAGAGUCUGUCCAAGCUUUUGCUGGAGAAUAUCUGAGAACCCCUCUUGGUGAGCCAGUAAAGGGGAAGAAGAACAAGACAACCACCGAGUUAUGGAUCGAAAAGUUCUACAAAAAAGAGACAAACUUGCCAGAGCCUUUUCCUCAUGAACUAGUUGACAGGCUUGAAAAGUUUUUGGAUGGUCUUGAGGAACAACUUGUGGAUUUAUCUUCGCUUCUAUAUGAUCAUCGUCUACAAGAUGCAAAUGCAAACAGCACUGAAAUUCUUCAAAGCUCCAUUUUAACACAACAGUAUGUGGAACAUGUACUCGAGUAUGAGAGGGAAAAAAUGAAGUGUUGUGAAAUCAAGUUCAAGUCCCCAAAACAGUCAUCACAAAGUCUAGUAUAUGCUGGGAUUCUGAUAGCAGGUAUCUUUGUCUAUUUUGUUGUCAUCUUCUUUUCAUCUCCUGUUAGGUAAUACGAUUUGUUAAUGGCGGAAUCAGACCAUAGAAUUAAGUUACUUUUGUUAAUUUUCAAAAUCUUAGUGUCUCUUUUUAUAUACAGUUAUGUUAGGACAUAAAAAAGAAAACAAAAUAAAUAUUGAGAUGGCAAAUUGCAAGGCUAUGGAAAAUCAUGAAAAUAGUCACCUUC